UCCCUCCCUGUGUGGAGCGUGUGAGGGCGAGCCAAGCCAGACAGAAAGAACAGCACGAUCAAGGAGUAGCCAUUCCAAAGCUCCAGCCAAUUAGAUAUUUGCCAACAGUGAUCGCUGGACUGAGUCAAUUCUCCCUGGCUGACGGCAUUGACCCCUGCUGGGUGCGGGGCCAGGUGUCCUUCCUCUAACCAGUCCUGCACUGUGACUGAGGUCUGUGAGUGGCAGACCCAUCCUUUCACUCGGUGUUGGACAGUGACCAUGGACAUCUGACUGCCAGGUGAGAAGAAGGGCUCCUUGCCAGCUCUUUGACUAAGAAGUUUCCUGAAACAGGAAGUAGCUCCUAAGAGAGCUAAAUCAACUAGGGGGCCUGUCUUCAAGGAGCAGCAUGGGGCUGGGGGUGUUGAUGCACCAACAGUUUCUUCUCGGCCAUUGGGAUCACAGAUGUACGCAUUCAUACGAUCUUCUCUGAACCGUCCCAGGACCGGCACCCUGCUUACCCAUCUUGUGCCUCCCUCAGCUGGCCUGGUGGGUUUCAGAAGAUGAGUGCUGAUCCCCUGAGGAGAGGAGGCUGAGACACAGUGUGAAAACAAAUCACCAGCGUGGCUGACAGGAAGAGGAGCAGGGAGGGCUGGGACAACCAAGGUGACUUCCUGGAGGAGGCGGCCAGAAGCAAGGCCGAGAAGAGCUGUGGCCCUGAGCUCUGAGGAAGCCCAACCUACUCCAGCUCUGGACUCUGCCCAGGGAUUUCCACAGAAGUGAACAGGCCAAAGCCCAAGCAGCUGUGUGUGCCCAGGCAGCGGGCAGUCCCUGGCCCUCGAGGCGCGCUGUGUGCCUGUGUGUGCCCAGGCAGCGGGCAGUCCCUGGCCCUCGAGGCGUGCUGUGGGCCUGUGUGUGCCCAGGCAGCAGGCAGUCCCUGGCCCUCGAAGCGUGCUGCACAAGCUUCACUCCUUGCGAAGCGAUGGACAGUGGCCUUUUCUGAACAGUGGCCGUACCAAGUGCAGACAUCACUCCUGCUUUUCCUUCCUGGUGAAGACGGGACAGCUCACUGCUUCUCCAGGAAUACCCGGAGCUUGCAAGGACUUGUCUCUCAGAGGAUCUGAACUGAAAAGCCUGGCACAUGGCAGACGACACGCGGAGGCAAAGAGAGUCCGUCUCUCUCACACCUGUGGCCCACGGCCUGGAGAACAUGGGGGCUGAGUUCUUGGAAAGCAUGGAGGAAGGCCAGCUCCCGGGUGGUAACUCAAGCCAGUCGACUGAGGGCAGAGGCAGCUGGAGCAAAGCAGAGACGAAGCCCAGAUGGAGGAGCCUGCAGCUGACCGUGCGGAUGACAAGCUUCUUCAGGGAGCACAAGCAGCUGUCUGAAUGGAUCCUCACAGGCCUGCUCUGUACGGCUUACAUUGCCUUCCUGAUCACCGCCUGCCUGCUGGACUUCCAGAGGGCCCUGGCGCUGCUGGUCAUCACCUGUGUGGUUCUCGUCUUCCUGACCUACGGUCUGCUGAAGAGGCUUCUGGGGCCCAGGCUGAGGAAGUGUGGGAAGUUUCAAGGCCAUUCUCGCCUGAGCCUCUGGCUGAAAAGAGGUCUAGCCCUUGCUGCUGCCCUAGGCCUGAUCUUGUGGCUAUCUCUGGACACCUCCCAGCGGCCUGAACAGCUGGUGUCCUUUGCGGGGAUCUGUGUGUUCCUCGCUCUUCUCUUCGCUGGCUCCAAGCAUCACCGUGCUGUGUCAUGGCGGACUGUGUCCUGGGGCCUUGGGCUGCAGUUUGUGCUGGGUCUCUUUGUCAUCAGAACAGAACCAGGAUUUGUUGCGUUCCAGUGGCUCGGUGAUCAGAUCCAGGUCUUCCUGAGCUACACCGUGGCCGGCUCCAGCUUUGUCUUCGGGGACGCUCUGGUCAAGGAUGUCUUUGCCUUUCAGGUUUUGCCCAUCAUAGUUUUCUUCAGCUGUGUUAUGUCGGUUCUGUACUAUCUGGGCCUCAUGCAGUGGGUGAUCCUGAAGAUUGCCUGGCUGAUGCAGGUCACCAUGGGCACCUCAGCCACCGAGACCCUGAGUGUGGCCGGAAACAUCUUUGUGAGCCAGACCGAAGCUCCUCUGCUGAUCCGGCCCUACCUGGCAGACAUGACACUCUCUGAAGUUCACGUUGUCAUGACUGGAGGCUAUGCCACCAUUGCUGGCAGCCUCCUGGGCGCCUACAUCUCCUUUGGGAUUGACGCUGCCUCCUUAAUUGCUGCCUCCGUCAUGGCGGCCCCGUGCGCUUUGGCCCUCUCCAAGCUGGUCUACCCAGAGGUGGAGGAGUCCAAGUUCCGGAGUGAGGAAGGAGUGAAGCUGAGUUAUGGAGACGCUCAGAACCUUGUGGAAGCAGCCAGCGCUGGGGCUGCCAUCUCAGUGAAGGUCGUUGCCAACAUUGCUGCCAAUCUGAUCGCCUUCCUGGCUGUCCUGGCCUUCAUCAACGCCGCCCUCUCCUGGCUGGGGGACAUGGUGGAUAUCCGGGGACUCAGUUUCCAGCUCAUCUGCUCCUACAUCCUGAGGCCUGUGGCCUUCUUGAUGGGCGUGGCCUGGGAGGACUGUCCGGUGGUGGCUGAGCUGCUGGGCAUCAAGCUGUUUCUGAAUGAGUUUGUGGCCUAUCAAGAGCUCUCCCAGUACAAGCAGAGACGCCUGGCGGGGGCUGAGGAGUGGCUAGGUGGCAAGAAACAGUGGAUCUCGGUCAGAGCAGAAAUCCUGACGACAUAUGCCCUCUGUGGAUUCGCCAACUUCAGCUCCAUCGGCAUCAUGCUGGGAGGCCUGACUUCCCUGGUCCCCCAUCGGAGGAGUGACUUCUCCCAGAUUGUGCUCCGGGCGCUGAUCACCGGGGCCUUCGUGUCCCUGAUGAACGCCUGUGUGGCAGGGGUCCUCUACGUGCCCAGGGGCAUCCAGGUGGACUGUGUGUCCCUUCUGAAUCAGACCCUCAGCAGCAGCAGCUUUGAGGUGUACCAGUGCUGUGGCCAGGUCUUCCAGAACACCAGCCUGGAGUUCAGCCCGGAGGCACUGGACAACUGCUGUCGAUUUUACAAUCAUACAAUCUGCACAUAACUGGAACUGAACAUCUUCCUGCCCUCAGGAGUCAUUCACCCCAGAAGGUGUCUGUCCUCAAGGAGGCCACGGGACGUAUCACUACUUCCAUUCUACCUUCAGGAAAGGGUGCCACAGUGAAUGGAGACUUCAGUAAAUGAAAACACCUCCCACCCCUGGUCACAUCACUGCUCCCCCAUGUCCUACCUCUUCAAGUGAGAGUUCCCAGCGUCUCCUCUGCUCCCUGCUCCAGGCUAAUAUUCUGGUCCUCUCUACUCCUCUUUCCUUAGGAUCCUCAUGUGUACCUGCCCCAAACUACCUCCCUGCUCCCUUCCAAGCAUCAGAUUUGCUGGGGUUCUCCCCCAGAAGCUGCCUCUAGAGACACCUACCUUCACUCAGUCCCCAGAGUGCUUUCCAAACUGGUGUCCUGCAGGACAACAUCUCAGUAGGCUCGAUGUUCUGAUCGGCCCAUGGCUCACUAAGUUUGGAGCACUGAGCUAAAUAAAGUUAGACAGGGUUUGUUUGGUUAGGUUUUGAGAUGGGGCCUCAUGGAGCUCAUUCUGUAGCUUAGGAUGACUCCUGAUCUUCCUGCAUCACUUCCUGAGUGCCUGGAGUACAGGUGUGCCCAUCACAUCUGGCCCAGAAGAACUUGUUCUUUGGGCUGUCAAGAGAUUUCAGCGGGUAAAGGCAUCUGCUGCUAAGUUAGAUGACCUGAUUCUGAUCCCUGAGACCCCCCCCCCCCCACACACACACAUAGUGAAAGGAAAGAAGGACUUCUGCAUGUUAUCC